AACUUGCAAAAUUUGAAGGUGUCACAAACAGAUUGAGUUCUGUGGCUUUCCUCCAAGUACCAUUGAGACAUCACAAACUCCUCUCCGUGAGGAAGAAGAAAGAUCCACUGAAGGUUAAGGACACAGUCAAACCAAGUCAUCCACAGUCACACAUUUCUCUGGCUCCAGUGGGGGAAAUUUUUGGAAAUGUCUACUUAUAAGUUAGAAGUGGAGACCGGCAAAGAACUCUUAGCUGCAACCAGGGACUCCAUCUCAAUAGUCCUAAUUGGUUCUCAGGGAGAAAGCCAGAAGCAAAAACUGGACCAUUUGGGGAAAGAUUUCCUUCCUGGUGCCAAGGAUCAUUAUAAAGUUAAAUCUAAGGAAGAUCUUGGGGAGAUCCUGGUGGUGCGACUCUACAAAGAAUCAUUUCGCAGUUUCCCGGAGAGCGCCUGGUUCUGCAACUCCAUUAAAGUGACCUGCCCAAGUGAAGAAAUAUAUGAAUUUCCAUUUCAUUUGUGGAUCUCAGGAUAUGGAACCUUUGAAAUUCCACAGGGAAAGGGUACAAUACUAACAGAGAGUGUCAGUCCCGCCAUAAAGAAGCAGAGAGAAUCAGAACUGAACACAAAGAGACAGACACAUGAGUGGAAAACAUAUGCUAAAGGGGCCCCUCACUGUAUCAGUGCCGAUGCUGUUACUGAUCUUUCCCCAAACGAUCGAUUCUCCCACAAGAAAACAAUCAGCUUUGGCUUCAAUUUCUUGUCGAGUUCACUCAGACCUGUGUUGAAAGGUUUCCUACAGAACUCCAACUCCUGGAAAGAUCUAAAUGACAUCAAGAAAGUCUUUUCUAUUCAAUGGACAAAAAUUUCAGAUCUGGUGUCUGAGCAGUGGAAUGAGGACACUUUCUUUGGGUACCAGUAUCUAAAUGGGUUAAACCCAUUGAUGAUCCAGAAAUGUCUCAGGAUUCCUGAUAAUUUCCCUGUUGAUGAUGUGACAGUGUCUGCAACUCUAGGGAAAUCCACAACCCUCCAGAAGGAACUACAGAAUGGAAACAUCUUCCUGGCAGAUUACAAGAUCCUUGAGGGAAUCCCUACAAAUGUUAUUGAUGGAGAAAGGCAAUAUAUCGCUGCCCCAAUGUGUCUGCUCUGGAAAUCCCCAAAUGAUGACAUUCUUCCCAUUGCAAUUCAGCUAAAUCAAACCCCAGGGGAGGAGAACCCAAUCUUCUUGCCCACAGACUCCAAGUGGGACUGGACUUUGGCCAAGAUCUGGGUGCGCAGCUCAGAGUUUCAGGUCCAUGAGGUUGUCUCUCAUUUACUCUACACUCACCUCUUCGCUGAGAUCUUUAACGUCGCUACCACCCGGCACCUCCCAAUGGGCCACCCUGUGUAUAAGCUCAUUCGCCCACAUCUCCGUUACACCCUGGAGAUCAAUACUCUUGCCCGACAGACUCUUAUUGGCCCAAAAGGCCUCUUUGAUCAGGCUGUGGUGAUUGGGAAUGAUGGAGUCGCUGUGCUACUUGCAAAAGCCACGGAGAGUCUGACCUACAGCGCCCUCUGUCUCCCGGAUGAUAUUCAGGCAAGAGGAGUUGAGUCCAUUCCCAAUUAUUUCUACAGAGAAGACGGGAUGAGGAUCUGGGAAGCCAUGGAAAGAUUUGCAUCUGACAUUGUUCAUUACUAUUACCCGAGUGAUGAAACCGUCUCUAGAGAUCCAGAGCUCCAGGCUUGGGUGGCAGAGAUAUUCCAGAAAGGUUUCCUGUCCAAUAAAAACUCAGGAAUCCCAUCAUCCUUUGCAACCCGGGUGGAGUUGACCAAAUACCUGACCAUGGUGAUGUUCACAUGUUCUGCUAAACAUGCGGCUGUUAAUAGUGGCCAGUUUGACUUCUACGCCUGGAUGCCCAAUGCUCCAUCCACCAUGAGGAAACCUCCCCCUACUGCUAAGGGCACCACCACCUACCAGAGUAUCCUGGAGACUUUACCAGCUAUAAACACAACUGCUAAGGCCAUGGUCACUGUCAACCUCCUCAGUAAGGAGCCAUUUGAUCGGAGACCUCUAGGACGAUACAAAAACAAGAGCUUUGUUGAAGGAGUGCCAAAGAAAUACAUUGAGCAAUUCAAAGAGAAGUUAUCUGAAAUUUCCCAGCAAAUCAAACAAAGGAACAAGACCAAAAAACUAACUUACCAUUACCUGGAUCCCAAGGCAGUCGAGUGCAGUGUCUCCAUUUAGAUGAGACCCCUCCAGAGGAGACCAGUCGCUUUUUGCACUUGUUGCAUUUUCUUUCCUGGUUUUAUAAUGUUUUCUGAGAAGAUAGGAUGAAACUCCAGAUAAUAGCUUAAAAAUUGAACAUUUUAUUAAUCCAUAUUAAAAACACGCUGCAUGGUAGCUUGAUACAUUUCAGGCACAGCUGCCCUUAAUCAUAAGCACAAAGAGGUAACGGUAAGAACAUCAAUUUAAAUAGUCAAAUCCCACAGUGACCUCCUAUGGCAGAGUUUGGUAUUAAGUUACAACAUAGAUGUUAAAGGGAUCCUGUCAUCGGAAAACAUGUUUUUUUCAAAACACAUCAGUUAAUAGUGC